AUCAACGGUCUUCCGUACUCUUCCCUGCCACGUCACCGAUCCGCGCACUGUCACACCCUCAAACGAAUACCACCCAUUCAUUUUCCCAACAAAUCAACGCUCAAUAUUCCCCCAUUCAUCUCUCUCACCGUUCUCGCACACACCGCAAGUUCAAAAUCCCACACCGCUCCCUCCAACGUUUCCACCACCAUCAAAGAAGGCCACCAGAAAGUCCGCUCCGGCUACCGGCAGCUUGAAGAAGCCCCACCAUUUCAGGCCCAGCACGGUGGCUUCUCAUCUGCGCCAUUCACGCCAAGCGCGUCACCAUCAUGCCCAAGGACAUUCAACUCUGCUGGAUGCCCACAACUCAAACGACGCUGUUGGCACCGCCCUUAAGCUGCAGGUCCUCCCCGUCGCUCUGCUCUUCCUCUUCUACUCCCUCCUCCCUCUCCUCCUCGCUCUCCCCUCCCCCUUGCUCUCCCUCGUUGCCUCCUUCGCCUUGGCCCUAGAGUUCCUCCUUUUCUACCUUCAGCGCAAAGAUCCCACCGGCGUCGAGAAUUGCUACUACGACCUCUUCCUCCUCCACAUCGCCCUCUGCUUCUUAUGCACUCUCCUCCACGUCAGAUCUCCCCUCUCCCAUUUCCCCACACUCUCGGCUUCAUUCUCCAGGGCACUUGGCUCCUCCAAAUGG